UGACCGGAAGUGGUCCUGCGGUAGGAGAAAGAGGGGAGCCUCGCCGAGCGACCGUGGCAGAAAGGGAAAAAGACGGGUAGGCCGCGGUGCCACCAGGCCUCCUAAUAGAAGAAUACAAUGAAUUGAAGCUCAAAUUGAAGAUUGAAAGGAACCAGAGCCAGAUUAAAAUUCGGGAAGCCGAUUUCUGUCUCCAUCCAUAAAUAUGGUGAUUAAUCUCUGCCUUCCACAGUUCAAGCCAAGAAUUCACUGCAACAAGAUUUCCGCCGACGGCUACGAAGUGGAAAACCUCGUCUCCGAAGACCCCGUCAGGAGACACCGCGGCUUCCGCUGCGAAUACUUCAUCAAGCCGCCGGUUCAUGUGACGAUUUCCUUCCCCUUCAACGUGGAAAUCUGCCGGAUUAAUAUCGAUACUUCUUCCGGGUCUUGCCACAACAUCACCGGCUUGGAUAUUUAUACCGCUACCUCAUCCAAUAAGGCCUGUUGGAAUAGCCCCGAGCCCCUCUUCUCCGCCCCGUCCAGCCAGCAUCCCGCGUUGGACAAAGAGAGCUUCACGCUGGUGGGCAAAGCCGUCUUAAAGAAUCAAAGCAAAGUGACCUUCGGCCAUCGGGGCUUCCGGCCCAGACCUCCCUUUCAUCACCAAACAGACCCCCUCCUCUCCUUCCCCAGUUCCGCCUCUUUGGACUUAUGGAAUAAAGGCCCGACGUCCUUAAACAGCGUCUCGCACCUGAAAAUCUGCAUCACUCACGUGGCGGGCAGCGGCUUGCCUUCCAUCAAGCGAGUGGAGGUCUGGGGCCAGCCGGCCAAAAGCUGCUCUCACGAAGUGGUGGAUGAUGUCCUCCAGCUCGCCACCAAAUCUUUGUUGGACGCCUCGGAAGGUCAACUCCCCGCCCUGCCGAUGGAGAGCGACGUCGGUCCCUUCGGACACGCCGACCACCAGGAGCAGAAGCUGGUGGAGGUUCUCCAGGACAUCCCCGAAGAAUUCCUGGACCCCAUCACCCUGGAGAUCAUGACUCUGCCCAUGCUGCUGCCCUCCGGGAAAGUCAUCGACCACGGGACCCUGGAGAAGUGCAACCGCAGCGAGGCCACGUGGGGCCGGGUGCCCAGCGACCCGUUCACGGGGGUGGCGUUCAGCCCGCAUUCUCAGCCCCUUCCCCACCCGUCCCUCAAGGCCAGGAUAGACCACUUCCUCCUCCAGCAUAACAUCCCCGGCGUGAAUCUGCUGGGCAGGAGACGAGCCUCCGGGACGGUGGUUGCGUCCUCCCUCGCCAUGUCUUCGCUCAAACGGAAAAUCGACCUGGUGGAUCAGAACCAGGAAGGCGGCUCGGAGCCCGGAUGCUUUUCGAUGGUGGACUUCGCCGUGGCGUCCAGCUUAGAGUUCCACGGCAAGAGGGUGAAGAUGGAGUGGGAUUUGAAUUCGUCGCAGAUGGAUUGCUCCACAG